GUGUCUUUGCGGCGGCCCCGCCCCGGUCCGCCCGUGCCCGGGCGGGUGUCGCGGGGUGAUGACGUGAGCGGGAGCGCGGCGCGCGGCGCGGCCUGUCGGCCAUGGCGAAGACCGUGGCCUAUUUCUACGACCCGGACGUGGGGAACUUCCACUACGGCGCGGGGCACCCCAUGAAGCCGCACCGCCUGGCGCUCACGCACAGCCUGGUGCUGCACUACGGCCUCUACAAGAAAAUGAUCGUGUUCAAGCCCUACCAGGCGUCCCAGCACGACAUGUGCCGCUUCCACUCCGAGGACUACAUCGACUUCCUGCAGAGGGUGAGCCCCAACAACAUGCAGGGCUUCACCAAGAGCCUCAACGCCUUCAACGUGGGCGACGACUGCCCAGUGUUUCCAGGCCUCUUUGAAUUUUGCUCUCGUUACACCGGGGCCUCCCUGCAGGGAGCAACACAGCUGAACAACAAGAUCUGUGACAUUGCCAUAAACUGGGCAGGGGGCCUCCAUCAUGCCAAAAAGUUUGAGGCUUCAGGCUUCUGUUACGUCAACGACAUCGUGAUCGGCAUCCUGGAGCUGCUCAAGUAUCACCCCCGGGUGCUCUACAUCGACAUCGAUAUCCAUCACGGGGACGGCGUGCAGGAGGCUUUCUACCUGACAGAUCGUGUCAUGACCGUGUCAUUCCACAAAUAUGGCAACUAUUUCUUUCCUGGCACAGGUGACAUGUAUGAGGUUGGUGCAGAGAGUGGCCGUUACUAUUGUCUCAACGUGCCCCUCCGAGAUGGCAUCGAUGACCAAAGUUAUAAGCACCUCUUCCAGCCAGUCAUUAACCAGGUGGUAGAUUACUAUCAGCCCACUUGCAUAGUCCUGCAGUGUGGUGCUGAUUCUCUGGGUUGUGACCGGCUGGGAUGUUUCAACCUCAGUAUAAGAGGCCAUGGGGAGUGUGUGGAGUACGUGAAGAGCUUCAACAUCCCCUUGCUGGUGCUGGGAGGAGGAGGUUACACGGUCCGGAACGUGGCACGGUGCUGGACUUACGAAACGUCCUUGCUCGUGGAUGAACCAAUCAGUGACGAGCUCCCCUACAGUGAGUACUUUGAGUACUUCGCUCCAGACUUCACCCUUCACCCUGAUGUCAGCACGAGGAUUGAGAAUCAGAACUCCAGGCAGUACCUGGAUCAGAUCAGGCAGACCAUAUUUGAGAACCUGAAGAUGCUGAACCACGCUCCCAGCGUGCAGAUCCACGACGUGCCCUCGGACCUGCUCAGCUACGACCGCACGGAUGAGCCCGAUCCGGAGGAGAGGGGCUCUGAGGAAAACUACAGCAGGCCUGAAGCUCCCAACGAGUUCUACGAUGGUGACCACGACAAUGACAAGGAGAGCGACGUGGAGAUCUGAGGGCUCUGGGCUGCGGGGCCUCCCGCCUUGGACACAGAUGCUUGGAGCACAUAACUGGGCCCUGCAGGAGUCAGUUUAGCCCUCUCUUCAUCUUAGACUGCGCGUGGUGGAGCAGAGACAGCCCCACUGCAGGCUCCUGCCAUCUGGAGAGGCACAGAGGUGAUGUGUGCUCCUUACUUGUCACUACGUCACGGUUCCAGCUGUCACCGCUGUGGGAAUGGAGCCGUGCUGAGUCCUGGCUGGCAGCUGUGGGACUGCCCUCAGAGCCUGAGCCACGCUCCAUGGUUCCCAUGCAGGCUCCUGCCAGCCAGCUGGGAGCUGGAGCAGCUGUGCCUACGAUCUCUGCCUCUCUGCAGCACUUGGGAUCCAUCCUGCUGUCCCUGACCUGCACUCAGGUACCACCCCGCUGUCCCCUGCAGCCUGCACUGAGAGCUGCUCCUGAUGUCCCUUCUUAAGCAGCUGAUGCUCCACAACUCCAGGAAUUAUUGGAUAACACCAGUUUUGGGGUAGGGAUGCCGUUGGAGCAGCUCAGUAGAGUGGGAUGGAAGGAUGAGUGCAGAGCAUAGGCUCAUUCCUUCCCCCACACCCAGAUCUCCAUUCACAAACGAGUUCUGCAGCACUUUGCUGAGUUGGACACAGCCUCCCUGUUGUGUUUAUUCCUUGGGAGGUUAAAUCCCUGUGGAACAGAGGUUUGGCUGCCCAGGUCAGUACUUAGUGUGUCGUGUAUCUCUAAUGUAGCUUCCAGCUGUGUUUCCCAAGUUCGCACAUGGUCCUGCGAGCAAGAGAUCUGGGCUGUUUGCUCUGAGAGGAAUCAGUUCCCUGGGCUGUACCCAGCAGGUGUUGCUCUGCUGCUGGGUGAGGGAAGCUGCUUUCUGCAAGUGCUCUGUUGCUGCCCUCACCCAGCAGAGAUUUCCCUUGGCCGUCCCUCCAAUCCCAGAUUUUGCUGCUCCUUCUCCUGAGUGCUCAGCUGGUACCUGUGGUGGUUUGGAACGUGCUGUUUGGGGAGGUGGGGGGUUCAGCCUCUGUCUGUACGGUUCUGUUUGUUUACUGAUGUCUUUGAACAUUAAAGAAGAGGCAGUAUUUUUCUUACCU